UGUGAUUGGCUGCUCUCGUUCUGCUGCUGAUGUGUUGCUCCCAACUCCGCGAGUCUUUUCCAGUUGAUCCAAACCGAGUAUUUUUGGUUCUGUGGAAGACUUCCAGCGAGUGAAAACGAUGCCUUACUACCAGACAUGGGAGGAGUUCGCCCGGGCAGCAGAGAAGCUGUACCUGGCGGAUCCAAUGAAGGUCAGGGUGGUGCUGAAGUACAGGCACUGCGACGGCAACCUCUGCAUCAAAGUCACAGACAACGCGGUGUGUCUACAGUACAAGACAGACCAGGCUCAGGAUGUGAAGAAGAUUGAGAAGCUCCAUGGAAAACUCAUGAGACUCAUGGUGUCCAAGGAGACCCACAGCGGCGCCAUGGAGACGGACUAACACGCCCUGCAAACACUGUUUUUGGAGCACCGAGACUGAGUUCAAAGGACUUGGCGAUUGCUCAGAGCACAAAACCAUCAGUGGGAUGAGGAGGCUGAGAGACGUCGGUAGCUGAGAGGGGAGGUGGAGGGAGUAAUCUGAUUGGCUACACAGAUGGAAUACUGUCAGAGCUGCAGGAUUGAUAUUUACUGUAUAUAUUUUAUUCUUUGAGGAUUUUCUUUUUAUCCCAUCUCAGCAAAUGCCAUUUUCAUAGAUUUUGGUGUGAGACCUAGACACACAGCUGAUGGUAUAAAUGAAACAAAAGCCCAGUGUAGACUGUUGAGGUGGUUAUGGAACUGUAAAGAUGGAGGAAAGUAACACGAUGGGAGGAAACCGAUUACCUUAGAGGAGUCUGGAUUUAUUUUCUGUUUUAAGGGGAGCACAGAGGAGGAACGAGACUUUUUUGUCUAUUUAUGAUUGCAUUUCAAUGCUAGAUUUGAUUUCAUUUAGCUUUUUCCUUAUGGACUUGUGAUGCUUCAUAAAUGAAGCAGGACCCCCGGUUUCCUCUGCAAGGGAGGAACAAUCCGGUUUUUACAGAGAAACCUCCACAUCUCCUAAUACCAGAAUGCUUUCAAUAAAUGUUUAUUUUUUCUGGUACAACCAGCA